AUGGCAACAUCUACACUCUCAUAUUGUGCACCCAAUCGUGUGCGCACCAGCUAUUGGAAGCUCCAAUGGUUCUGGGAAUGUUUCAUUGUGAUAGUGACAAGAAGCUCCCUUUGCACUUUAAAGGCAAUUACAUGUGCAACUGCAAGUGUAGAUGUUGUUCUGGAGCAUUCACUCAGAAAGUCCAAAAGAACGGAAAACAGUGUAGAGUUUCGACACAGAAAAGAACGACAUGGCGUCCCAAGAGAUGAGGUCCGAUGGAGUGGAAUGUUGCCCACCACUGUGAAGCUCACUGCUGGCCCAUUGCUGCUCAGUCCUUGA